AUGUCGAAGCUCUCGCUCAGCCCGUUCGACCUCCCUUCCCCUGCUCUCGCCCACUUCAACCGCGUCGCAGGGAGUCAGAGUGGGCAGGAUAAACUCUUCAUGGUGUACCAGUACGCCGCUUACGUCGUAGUUGCUGCGCUCAACUCGAAGCGGUUCGGCAACAAGGCGCGGAGGGACUUGGCCGUGCGGAUCGACAAGCUGCGGGCGACCAUCUCGGAUGCACGAACGCUCUACCGCCUCUUCGGCAUCUUCCCCAUCAUCUCGUGGGCCCAAUCGCUCAACGACCCGGCGAGCCAGCCCAAGGACAAGCAGAUCCUCCGGCUGCAGAAGCUCCAGGCCUGGUCGAUGCUCCUGUACUACCCGCUCGAGCACCUCUACUACCUCGCCGGCAAGGGCGUCUUCAAGAUCAGCCCCAAGCGCAUCGGCGAGAUUGCCGUCUGGUCGUGCCGCUUCUGGGCAGCCUACGUCGUCCUGCAAAUCUUCACGAUUCGGCGCUCGUUUCAGCUCGUGCGCGAAGAACGCGCCUCGGUCCUGCGCGCGAACCGCGAGCGCAUCCGAAAGGGCGACACGGCGCCCGAGUCGGUCAAGCACGAGAAGGACCAGCUGCGGCUGCUGGCGAACAAGGAGAGGGACCUGAAGCUGGAUUGCUGGGUUCAGGCCGGAUACUUGCCGCUCACGGCGCACUGGUCCCUGCCCGGCGGCAUCCUCCCCAACAACACCUGGGUCGGAAUCUGCGGAACUGUGGCGGCUGUCGCUGGGCUCAAGGGCGUCUGGAGGCGCACGGCGUAG